AUGAAUGCGGAACAGUGUCUCAUUCGAGGAACCCUCGAAAAGAACCUCACAUCGACUCUCUUUCCGGCAUCUUUACCGCAUAGAAAACUGCUCGUUCGCAACUUUGUGUGCAAUCUAAGAGAUGAUUGCGGUAAAGAUGCCGGGAAGAUUGACGCUGCAGCAGAGAAUCACUACGGCUCUCUUUUACCGGCAUCUUUACCGCAUAGAAAGCUGCUCGUUCGCAACUUUGUGUGCAAUCUAAGAGAUGAUUGCGGUAAAGAUGCCGGGAAGAUUGAUGCUGCAGCCCCAGGCCGCACUCAGAUUUCAUCCCGCUACACAAUUGUUCAUCCAACAACUGUCAUAGAGGUUGAAAUUUUCGACCAGAAGUGA